CUUUACACAGUGCCACAGAGGAUUAACUUACUGAGACUGGUCAGUCGUUAAAAAGUGCUCUGAACGGGCAUCAUUUGAGAUACUGUAAGACAUGCAAGGUGUAACAGACAACAGGCCUUGCAAAUAUGGUUAAAAGGUGUUGUUCACGUUAGUUCUAAUCUAAUGCCACUGUGUAUAAUAAAUGAUACAUUAGUGAGUUAUAGAUUCUUUCAACGGUCAGCUUAGUGAGUAGAAUGCACAAAGAUUGAAUUUGUACUAGCAUACACUCUAAAAAACGCUGGGUUGUUUUUUCAACCCAUAUGCUGGGUUGAGGCCGCUGGGUAGGACGUUGGGCUGUUUUAACCGAAGUUUGGGUUGAAAGCUGUCUUGAGCUAUAACGCAGCGGCGCUGGGUUGGGAACGUGAAAAUCAGACGACACCUGUGCGAGAAGCCGCCAUCUUUGCGUCUUCAGAUGAAAGCGAGUGAAAUUCUGUCUGAAUCGCUUUCAGUCAGUUAAACUGAGAUUACAUCACGGCCAAGUGACAGCCGUGAUGUACGACGACAGAUCCCAGAUCAGUGAACAUGAGAGCGCGCGUGGCAUCUUCGGAGCUUGGAAGGAAUAAGCUGGGAUGGAGGUCAGUGAAAUACUUCUCUCCGUCCGGAUGAACCGCAGAAAAUUUCCCAGCAAGUUGUGGCAUUUGGUGAAUGAUCCCCAGAUUUGCUCAAUCUGCUGGGAUGACAGUGGGGAAGGAAUACUGAUCUGUCAGGAAGCCUUCGAAGCUGAAGUGCUAUCUACAGCUGACAAGCAGAUGAACAAGUAUUUCAAAACAACAGAUUUCAUAAGUUUUGUUCGCCAGCUGAACCUGUAUGGAUUCAGAAAAGUGCGCCCAGACUAUGAGAUCUUAUUAAAGCAAGUCAGCACCAUACAGCACUUUUACAACCCGAACUUCAAAAGAUCUAACCCAGAGCUUCUGGUCAACCUAAAGCGACUGACACCUUCCUACAAGGCCAAGAUUGCCACAGGGCUAGAAGAGUCCAACCAGUCAAGACAUUUCCAUUAUUUGAUGUUGAAGUCAGCUGAGAACUCUACUGUGGUUGCUGGGAUGGAGGUCAGUGAAAUACUUCUCUCCGUCCGGAUGAUCCACAAAAAAUUUCCUAGCAAGUUGUGGCAUUUGGUGAAUGAUCCCAAGAUUUGCUCAAUUUGCUGGAAUGACAGUGGGGAAGGAAUACUGAUCUGUCAGGAGGCCUUCAAAGCUGAAGUGCUAUCUACAGCCAACAAGCAGAUGAAAAAGUACUUCAAAACAACAGAUUUCAUCAGUUUUGUUCGCCAGCUAAACCUAUACGGAUUCAGAAAAGUGCACCCAGACUAUGAGAUCUCAUUGAAGCAAGUCAGCACCAUACAUCACUUUUACAACCCGAACUUCAAACGGGCCAACCCAGAGCUUCUGGUCAACCUAAAGCGACUGACACCUUACAACAAGGCCAAGCUUGCUGCUGGGCUUGAAGUGUCCAACCAGUCAAGACGUUUCGAUUAUCUGAUGCUGAAUUCACCUGAGAACUCUGCUGUGGUCGGCACAGAUUUAGUUGAGCAUCAGGGAACUCCUCAUCAACUGUACUCUCAGCAGGUAAAGGGGUCCGACACAACACCCCAAACCUCACAGGCACUUGUAACAGGUCAUGAUGAUUCAAACUCUGAGUCCUGUGGCGUCCAGAUGGAUUUUCCGUGUGCACCUUCAUCCAGUCCAAUGCAACAGGGGUCAGACUGUGCAGUGCCUGAUGGGAAUUUAGGUGCCUUCAUACCUCAUUACCCACAAUGCAAAUUUUAUAAACCAGGUUGCUGCUUUCAUCACUCUGCCCACCAAUGAGAAGUCACCUGGGAAGACAGUUAUUAAAGCCAUCUUUCAUAUUUGCUAAAUAAUAUCUAUAAUAUAAAGAUUAAAUUAAUACACCAAUAGCUCUUAUAUUGUAGAGGCAUUUGUCAUAUUAAAUACAAUGCAAUAUU